GAGGAGGAAAUGCACGAGCGGCUGGACGAGGCUGCCGCACGCGAGGAGGAACUGCGCGAGCGGCUGGACGAGGCUGCCGCACGCGAGGAGGAACUGCACGAGCGGCUGGACGAGGCUGCCGCACGCGAGCGUGCGCUGGAGUCUAAGCUGAGCGAGCUUGGCGAGGCCGCGGACGCCCUGCAGCGUGCGCUGGACGGCAACGCGCUGGCUGUGGCGGGGGAGGAGGACGCGACGGCGGUUGGGGACCGCGUGGUGGGGGCGCUGAAGCGCCUGCGUGCGGACUCGGACGCGGCGUCCGCGACGAUGCGUGGCGCGAGGCUGCUGGAAGGCGCCGACGCCGAGCCUCUUCUGUCGCAGUGCCGCCAGAUGGCGAGCGAAAUGGAGGCGCUCCGUGCGAGCGAGCAGCGCUUUCUAGUCAUGCUAAAGGAGCAGUCUGUAGUUUCUGUGGGGUUGCGGUUUAGGUUGGAGGAGAUGGAAGAGCGUGUGGCUCUCUUGUUGGAGUCUUUUGGACUUCCUUUUAGGGUGCUAAGGCGUCUGACGUCUGCGUUGAGUGCAGUGAUUGCUAUUUGUGCGUUGCUGAAUUGUGACGAGCAGAGCAUUUAUUGUUACGUGGAGGAGGUGUUGGAGUCGCGUGAUUACUACGCUAGGCUGUGCGGCAAUGAUGGUUCUUUGUUGGCGUCUCAUGAGGAGGAUGUGACUCGUUCAGAGUGUGUGCUUGUGAUGAAGCGGGCCAUUAAGCGAUUGGUGCCUGAGCUUUUGGAUGAUCCUGUGCUGCGGUUUCCUGCAAAGCUGCAACGAGCUGUGGAGGAAACGGUGCUGGAGAUCUUGCGCUUACGUGAAUCUCUUGAGGAGUCGACCGAUGCCGGAGCGCGCGUUGAAGGUGAGUUGGGAACUAUCCUAGCGGCCUGUGGGAAAGCCCUUUGUGUGUUGCGAGGUGAAGCCGCUCCUGUGGACGCUGGCGAAGGUGCGGAGGCGCCGCGGCCGAGCGUUUCAUACCUUGCGCGGUCGCUUGUGUCUCAGGCCGGGGACACGGCAGGCAGUCUGCGCGAGCUGAGAGAGGUGUGCGUGGAGUGCGGCGGUAUUCUGGCGCAUGCCCGCCAGCGCGAAGGUGAGAAGGACAUUUUGACGUCAGAGUAUUCGUUGACAUCUGCGGCGUCUGCCGCGACGGACGUGCUGCUUCUUUCGGGCCACUGCAGGGAGGUCGUGGCGGAGCUCCUCGCACUGCGCGAGAAGCUGCGCUCCAGCCUUGCCACAGUGGCAAGGAGCGUGGGGGACAAUAACGUACUGCUGGCCACCGUGCGGAGCUGCUUGAGGGCGCUAUCGUUUGCGCUUGACAACGCCGCCUCGGAGGCGCCCCCGUGCGAGGAGUACGGCGUCGACGCUGAAGCUGUGGAGGGCGUUUGUGAAGGAUUGCGGUCGUGCACGCACGCGGUCGCACUUCGCCUGCGCGAAGCGGAGCAUGACGCCUCGGCGUCGGCGCAGGUGCUGCAGGAGGCGCUCGUGCCCGAGGAGGAUCGGCGUCGUGGGGAGAGCGAGGGCCUCUUGAUGCUUGCGAGCGCCGCGGCCCGUGCGCUGGAGGCACGUCGCGUGGAGGUUGAAAGUGUGGGAACUGCCUUCGAGCAGGCGCGGCGUCUCGCGGAAGAAUAUCGACGCUGCAUGCACGCCAAUUCGGCAGAAGCUGAGGCUGCUAUGACGGCGCAGGUGCAGACGCGCGCCGCGCUGGAAUCCCAACUGAAUGAGGCGACGGAGCGGCAGGUGCAAGCCACGGCCAAAACGGCCAAACUUCUUCGCGACAUGUCGGAGUUUGUCGGAAGUGUGGCGGCCAUUAUGUUGUACGACGGCGACGCCGUGGAUGAGGAGGAAGAGGAGGCGCGAGCGGGGCACGACAGGGAGGAUGAGGCCCCACACCUGGUGAGUAGAGUCCGUCUUGACGGUCUCCUAGAGCACUGCUCCGCCGUCAUGCGGGCGUUGGAGGCGGCGAAGGCAAAGGCCAAGCUGCUCUCAUCGGAAGCCGAUGACUUGCGUGGAAGGCUGAGCGAAAGCGAAAACGCGUUGCGUGAGCUGGAGUAUCAGUCACGCAACGCAGAAACAAAGUCGGCUGCGCAAGCUGCCGAGAUGAGGGGAGAGAUGGAGUUCCUCCGCGACGCGCUGCAGGCAAAGGUGACGGAGUGUGAGAAGGUGCAGCAGCAUGCGCAGUAUACAGAGCGGCGUGUGAACACCCUACAGGCGGAGAUGGCGAACGCCGAUAGGUCGUACGGUAGCGAGCGCGACAGUUUAUCAAAGGUGCAGUCCUCACUGCUUGCAGAGAAAGAGGAGACGCGGCGACAGCUGGAGCAGCUGCGGCUGGAGCAAAAAGAGGUUCAGAAAUUCUUGCAUAAAUGCCAUGCGACAUCACUCGAUGAAGAGGCAGCGAAAAUGGCGGCUCUCGCAGGCGAUGUUGCGUUAAUUCCUCUCGUCCUUGAGGAGGCGGAACACCGGAUGCAGUUGCUGCAGAACUGGCUGCUGAGCCACCCGAUGCACGCAGUCCCAUUGCUGGCCAUUUGCACCCGUGUGGGCAAUGUGCUUUCUGCGACCGACUUUGAGGAUAUACCCACGCGCGUGGCAGAGGUGCUGAAGAGAGAGCAGGAGUUCGGCAGACUACUUGGGGCUCCGGCAAAGACGCCCGGACCAACGCGCGCCGCUGUCCUUAAAACGCUUAUGGAGUGGGCGGAAAAGUUUGGUCUCGAGACGGAGCUGCAGGCGGAGACGUUUCUCGCGGACUUGGACGCCGCUCUUUCCGAGUUGUAUUUCGACUAUGCGUCUCUCAGGAAGAAAAAGGCGGCGCUUCAGGGCGAGCUUGAUCACGCUCAUUCCACAUUGGCGGUAAGUGGAAGGCAGGUGGAGCAGAUUGCCUCUCUGCUACGAGCUUCGCAUCAGACGGAAGGGCCGCUGUCGCAGCUGACAGCGGCAGCGGCAGCAGAGGCGACAGCACCGUCGUUCACGCUUCAAACUGGAUUUGCAGCAUUGCGUGCUGAGGCGGAGUGGGCUGCCGAAAGGAUUGCUGGCCACGCUGAGCAGACGCGAAAGGUGCUGGAUGUGUUUGCCCCUGUGUACAGCGGCUGCAGCGUGUUGGAGGCAUCCAUGCGUACGGUGGAAGAGCUGAGAGAGCGGCGUGCGACGGAAGAAGGGCUUCGGGCGGAGUUGGCGACAGAGCGAGCGAAGGUGGAGUCGUGCCGUGGCUGCAUUGAAACGAGUAAGAGUUACCUGCCAGAGCCCCUGAUCCCUUUCAUCGAAGGAGAUGAUCUGCAACGGCGCUGUGCUUUCGCUGCUGCGGAGCUGCGACGCCUGACCGGCACAUUCGCCAGCUCCCAGCAGCUCAUUGCAUCGGCGGGACAAGAUGCCCACGGCGGCGAUCUUUGCAUGAACCUUGAUGACCUCCUGCGGAAGCUGCGCCAGCUGGAAGCGGGGGCGAAGGUGCUUGAGGCGAGUUGUGAGAGGCAGCAGCAGAGGGCGCUGCAGCUGGAGACGACGCUGCGGGACACGGAGGAGCGGACGGAGGCGACAAUGGCGGCUCAGGAGGACACCGCACGGAAGGCAGUAAUGCAGGAAAAAGCGAAGCAGAAUGAGCUGCAGGCGCAGCUCGCGGAGUCCAUGCAAGAAUGCGAUCAACUGCGUGCGGUGAUCGCUGCGUGCGGCAGUGCCAUGGGCUGCAGCCUCGAGGCCGGGUCCGGCAAUUGCACCAUCACCAGUGCAGCUAAUAACGACGAGAGAGAGGAGGCGAAGGUGGUGCGGGCCGCAAAGGUCCUCGCCGCCACCCACGACGCCCACACGAGGGAGCUGGAAGAGCUAAAGGAGCAAUUAGCGUCCUCGCGGAAGGCGCUCGCCGCGGAAAAGGAUCUUCGUGCACUUGCGCAGGAGGAACAGUGCCGCCUCAUGGACGAAGUAGAACGGCUACGUGCUGAACUACUUCGGGUCACGGCGUCCGACGAAGAACAUCAAGCCGCGCUUUUGCAUCUCACAGAGAGAGCGGAAGGCGUUGCCUCGAGGCCGUCGCCUGACCACAGUGCAUCUGCGUUUUCAGUGUCGUCGCCUCUUAGCAGGCGAGCCUCCCUCGCCGGUCAGCGUUUGUUAGACUUCUGCAGCGUUUGUGGGGAACAGCGGCGCACGCUUGAGGGGGAGGUUAAUGCGUUGAAGGAGCGUGGCGUGGAGCACCAACGCGCGAUGGACGCGGUGGUUCGCCGCCUUCGUGAGGCUCUGCAGCUCACGGGGGAAACUCACCCUGGCGACGCCAUACUACUCGGUGAACUCCUGCGGGAGAAGUUAUCGGAAGCGCUGGAAGACAAGAAGAGCCUUACAGGUAUCACCGAGGCGCUACGAGAGGAAAACGCCACACUUAAAGGCGCCUGCACCUCCACUGAAGCCCAGCUGCAGGAGGCAGCGACGUCGUUGGCGCAGCUGGACUUGCGGAGGCGGGCAUUGGAGGAGGACUUGGGCGUUCUCACUGCCUUUGCCGGGAGCGUCGCACAGGCGAUGGGUGAGCCGCUGCCGAGCGGUCCGGCCGACGUGGAACGUCUGAAGGGUGUCUGCGUAGCCCGCCAAGCGGCUCUGCAGGAAAAUUCCGCGGAGAUGCUGCGGAUGCGUGAGGAACUCAACGCCGCCACCAGCACCUCUGCUGAGUUAAAGGUGAUAAUUGAUGUGAAUGCGGCAGAAGCGCAACAACGAACGGAGCGCCUGCGUGCUGUGGAGCAGGAGCGCGACGAGCUGUUAAAGGCCUCGGAGCAGCUUGUUGGGCGCGUGCAGAGCAUACUGGAUGAUCACCUGGAGGUGCAGCGUGAGUUGAAGUUUCCCGACGAUAGCGACGAUGUAACUAUAGCGGAUAUCGUGCAACUCUGCGUGGAGCGCUUGGAGCAACAUCGUAUUGGGGCGGCAAUGUCAUGCGAUCAGCUCGCGGCGCUUCAGCGCGAAAACGCCGAGCUGAGGAGGGAGCUCCAACGUCUCGAAGGCGAUGCGGCAGUGACGGCAGACGAAAUUGCGGAGCUGCACGAGCAGCUGCGUCUGCUGCUCGAUACAAAACAGCUGGCAAAGGCGGAUCAGUCCAAGCUAAGGGCCGAGUACGACAGUCUCUCGCGUCAGGUCCAGGCCCUUUUCACGGACGCGUUGCGCAUGGCGGCUGAUGACAUGCAGCUGCAGCUGCCGUUAUUCUCCGACACGAGUGUCUCCGGUGCGUUGCAAGGGCUCCGCUCGCUGCUUGAUUACAUCGCGGAAAGGUUCCGCUCUGGUGCCAGCCACAGCGAGGAUGCCGAGGAUAAGGUGGAAUCGCUAGAGCAGCUUCUACAGGUGCAGGAACGGCAACACGCCCAGGAAGCCAGGAGCCUGUACCGAAGCUUCCGCGACCACGUGGCGGCUUACACCACUCCCCACGACGCACGAGGCGAGGACGAUGCUGCCGAUGAUGACCGCAGCAGCAGCAGCAGCAGCAGCGACAAGGCACGUCGCCUUUUGCCAGGGUAUCUCGUUGUGGCUGGGAACUCGCUUCAUCGCGUUCACACCGAGGUACGGCAUGUGGGACUGCUCUGUCGUCGCCUGCUGGGAAUCCCAGCGGAGCCGCCGGGGCAGUUGCGUGGAAUGUCGUUGUUGGCGUCAACCGCAUGGCUUGGGGAGGCCGCCAGUGAGAUAGUGGGGCGGGCAGAGUUGCUGCACAACGCCAUUCGAGCCGUUUCCCAAGUGGUGGAGAUAUCCCCCAUCGACCUCGCCUCCCCCGAGCAACAGGUGACGGACUGGGUGGAGAGCUUUGGUCUCUGGCUGGAGCGUGCGCAGCGUGGACUUGACGCCACCGACCGCCUACUGGAGGCGCUGACAAGUGUCGUCCAUAGCCACGGCGGCGUCGUGGAGGAGGUGUUGAGCGCGAAUGGCACCGCGAUGAGUUGUACUAAUAACAGUAACACGACUUAUCCUCAGCCCCCCAUCGUGGAUGCGUCGCUGCAAGACUUGAACAACAGCCGCACGGAUGUGUCGCUCUCCCGGUACGUUACGCACCCACAUCACCGUGCGGUGUUCAACGCAGUGCAAGAGCUUCUCUCACAGUUGGAGAGUCGUGGGCGUGUCUUGACAUCCGAGUGGCAGGCGCUCAUGGACCAAAACAACCGUCUUAUUCAUGAACGUCGCCAGACGGAGGAAGAUCAGCUGCAGGUGCAAGCUCACGUUCAGGAGCUCCGCCGUGUCGUGCAGCGCAAGAUUGAGGAGGACCGUCGAGUGGAGAAGAGUCUGCAAGAGUUGGAUAGGCAUCUUGACAUGCAGGCAAGGGAGCUGGCAAUGAAGUAUAGGUCUGACCAUGACCUUAUAGUGCGACAAUUUACCGAGCUCCGUGGCACGAUACGACGCACAAUCAAACCGCAGCGAUCGCAUUCAACAACCUCGACGGCAUUUGGUUCGGUAAGCCACUGA